UACAACGCACACGGGUGCACGGACAAUAGCAAGCUCAAGCAAUAUCACCCUUGCGUGACCCGCCUUGAACACAACACUGACAAGAACAAUAGCUUGAAUAGAAAAUCUAUGCCAGUUACCGGCUACGAUCUUACAUCUCAACGUGUCAACUCAGAGCUCCCAGAUCUUGCAUCUGUUCUUGGUCACAUUGACACUACAAAGUUCCUUUUCGACGACCAAGAAGACAAACCUGUCAAUCAUCACACUCCAGUUGCUUCGCCGGAUCGUAGGUCUUUCCUUCACAUGAACACGACAAACGACAAGGAUAACUUUCCGAUCCUCAUUCGACGUGAAGAUAACAAUACGAUGCAGUACUCUGCUCUAGACUCUGCAACAGAACAAUCGCCUAGUACUGAACCUCAGUCACAGACCGGUUGGAGCUCAUUCGCAUCUCGUCACCGCCAAUCCCAGUCAAGCCUCCCGAUGAACAAUCUUCAUCAGCAGUUGGAAGAUCUGAACAUUUCAUCACCUGUAGAACGCACCGAGCCAUCGUCAAGAAACAUGGCUGGCCCUGGAAACAGCAGGAGAUCUUCGGAUUUGAAGUUCAGCCCAUUCGGACAGUCAAACAGAGCAUCCGCCCAUGCGGCACAGAACGGCUCGUUUACAAUGCCAAAGUUGCAAUCUUCGUUUUCCACUAACGAUAUUCCUACAGUCAAGAACCCUAAUGGCAUCAAUGGCGGCCAAGGUGCAAUCACACCUAGCACGGCCAAUUCGCACGCUGAAAACCACUACCACAACCAUAAUGCAAGCAUUGGUCGUAUCCCGACAGGUGUCCCAAGCAAUCGUCAGAGUAGAGACUUGACAGCUACCACUACGCAAGCUGAAGAACAGCGUCCGGUAACUCGUCAGUCUGCACUCCAUGCGAGUGCUGCGCCCUUCAAUUCUGGUGUAGCUUCGCCAACGAAUGCACCUGCCGCGGUCAACGCAACCCCGAACAGUGCCAUGAUGGGCCCUUACGGAGCUCCAGCAUUUUUCGGUGGAUAUGGAAUGAAUAUGAUGAACCAACAAAUUGUUCCCCAGCAAGGCCAGUGGGCGCAGGGUGCCGUUCCUCAGAUGUAUCAAAACCCUUACACGCAAUACGGUCCGACGUACCAAGCCUACGCUGCUGGAGGUCGGUUCAACGACAGUCAGCCCCGUGUAAUUCAAUCCCGCAGGACGGCUGGUCAGGAGCAGAAUCGUUUUCAAGAUUUUGACCUUGACACGCAGCGCAAUGAAAUCUUGGCCCUCUGUAAAGAUCAGUACGGAUGUCGUUUCCUUCAAAAGAAGCUCGAGGAACGCAAUGAAGACUUCACCUUGGCAAUCUUUGAGGAGACAAAAGACGCAGUCAUUGAGCUCAUGACGGACCCAUUUGGUAACUACCUCUGCCAGAAAUUGCUUGAAUAUACCAAAGAUGACCAGCGCACUGUGCUCAUCAAGAACGCCGCCCCUUCCAUGGUCGGAAUUGCGCUCAAUCAGCAUGGUACUCGGGCUUUGCAGAAGAUGAUUGAGUACAUCCUGAACGCUGAGCAAAUUUCUACCAUCAUCGAGGCUCUGCAGUCAAAUGUAGUUGCGUUGAUCCAGGAUCUCAACGGCAAUCACGUCAUUCAGAAGUGUCUCAAUCAUCUUAAGCCUCAGGAUGCCCAGUUCAUCUUCAGUGCCGUUGGCAACAAUUGCGUCGAAGUCGGCACUCACCGUCAUGGCUGUUGCGUUUUGCAAAGAUGUAUCGACCAUGCAUCGGGAGACCAGAAGAAUAUGCUGAUCCAUCAGAUCAGUGAGUCAAGCAUCAAACUCGUUCAGGAUCCGUUCGGCAAUUACGUCGUUCAAUACAUUUUGGACCUCGCUGAGCAGAAGUUUACGCACCCACUUUGCGUAAAAUUUAUGGGCAGAGUUGUGGAACUGUCCAAGCAAAAGUUUAGCUCGAAUGUCAUCGAAAAAUGCAUCCGCGUGGCUGCUCAUGAGAUAAAGCGUGUCAUGAUUGACGAAAUUCUUCUUCCUGGAGAGCUUGAAGGCGUCAUGCGCGAUCCGUAUGCCAAUUACGUCAUCCAAACGGCGUUGGACUACGCGGAUAAUGAUACUUGCAUUCGAUUGAUUGACGCAAUGCGACCAAUUAUUCCAGGAAUCCGCCAGACUCCGUACGGACGUCGUAUCCAGACCAAAAUCCAGGACCGCGAAGCGCGUCUUGCUCAAGGAAGUGGUCCCGCACUGAUCGAUCCCCAAUCGCUCGCGACGUCGCCAAUGACUUCGCCACAUGCAUCUCAGGCAGUCCCAUAUAAUCCAAACAUCCAGAGCCCGCAGAACCCAUAUGUCGGCUUGGCAAACGGCUACCAGUCCCCCCAGCGCAUUGGCAAUCCUACCCAACCUGGAUUCCAGAACAGUCAGCACCAAUCCUUCGGGCGUGCUGCUGCUUCGUACGGCAUGAACGGCGGUAACAUGAACAGCAAUGCGGGAGGCAUGGGCAACAACAUGGGUUACUUUUGAGUAGCGACUGUAUAACUGUCAUCAACAACCGUUCUCAUUUCCUACGCACCGGCGGCAAUCUCAGACGUACUACCACCAGCUCGUCAUUUCUUCGACCAAGCGUUCAAUACAUACAGCAUAACAUCACGGCCGAUUCUACACUUAGAUCCUGAUGUGCAUCCAUUUCCGGAGUUUCCAUUUCACGAACC